UUGGCAGUGUAUUUUAGUUGGUAUCUUGAGUUCACCGAGUUAACAACACACAGCAAAAAUUUCGACAAGAAGCUAAAAACUCUACCGCAAGGAUAUAAUAAAAUGUUUCGUGCGUGUCUCCAGAUGAUUGCAAAUCUUUGACGUCGUCGUUGCUUUUUGUGAAUCUUAAUCGAGUGUGUGAAUCUAAUAAGUUUUUUGGGCCAUCUUCUCGCCUCUCACUCAAAGUGGUUAUACAUUGGAAUUUAAUAUUGAAUUCAUGAGAAUGUUUUGUAGUUUAUUUUUUUUGGCUAGUUUCGAAAAAAAAGCAAUGAAAUAAAAAAUUGGGUGUGAUAAGAAUAAAGAGUGUUAAUUUGGAUUUCCUACGCAUCGUUUGUAUCGAAUCGAAAGUGUUUUUUUUUUGAGAAUAUAAUCAAAAGGACGGUUUUUUCUUUACUUUCUUUGGUUUUUUUUUCUGAACACGCAUCAAGGAAAGAGGAUAAAGUGUAUGAAAGAAUGUGCGAAAUUUAAUUAGCGCUGACGAUAACUUUCGGAUUAAGGCUAAGACUAAACGGAUUAUGGAAGGAUAAUUUCUCGGCGAUUUAUUUUUACAGGCCAAUCUAGAGCGAGCGAGCUACAAAUAAGUAAAAUUUAAUGCCAUAAAAGACGAGAGAAUCCAUCCCCCCAUUUGACAACGAUGGAUGAGUUUCCGGUGCCUAAUGCCGCUGCAUCGGAUGAAAUCCUUGGUGAGGAGGAAUAUGAAAAACUAUAUUCAGCCCCUGCAGAGAUAGUGGCGCUGCUGUCGGUGUUCUAUGGCGGAAUAAGCAUAAUAGCCAUUGUGGGAAAUACUUUGGUCAUUUGGGUAGUGGCGACCACCCGCCAAAUGCGCACCGUCACCAACAUGUACAUUGCUAAUUUGGCAUUCGCCGACGUUAUCAUCGGAAUGUUUUGCAUACCGUUUCAGUUCCAAGCCGCACUUCUGCAACGCUGGACCCUGCCGGACUUUAUGUGUGCAUUUUGCCCUUUUGUGCAGGCGGUUAGUGUAAACGUAUCCGUUUUCACACUGACCGCAAUCGCUAUUGAUCGACAUCGGGCAAUUAUUAAUCCACUGAGAGCCCGUCCAACAAAAUUCAUAUCCAAAAUUAUUAUAGCAACAAUUUGGGUGACUGCGAUAGCUUUUGCCGUUCCCUGUGCAAUAGCCUUUCGCGUUGAAACAUUAAACGAACGUAUAAGAGAAAACGACGUUAUUCUAAAUGUGUCGCGUGAGUUUUGUUCCAACAUCAAUCUAACCGAUGACCAAUUACAAUCCUAUCGUUAUUCUUUGGUAUUUGUCCAAUAUUUGGUACCAUUUUGCGUCAUCAGUUUUGUAUACAUUCAAAUGGCAGUUAAACUUUGGGGCACUCAUGCCCCAGGUAAUGCUCAAGAUUCUAGAGACAUAACAUUGUUGCGAAAUAAAAAAAAGGUAAUCAAAAUGCUAAUUAUUGUGGUUGUGGUAUUUGGCAUGUGCUGGCUUCCUUUACAAUCCUACAAUAUCCUGUACGUAACCAUUCCGGAAAUAAAUGAGUAUCAUUUCAUCAACAUAAUUUGGUUUUGCUGUGACUGGCUGGCAAUGAGUAACAGCUGUUAUAACCCCUUCAUUUACGGUAUCUACAACGAAAAAUUCAAACGUGAAUUCAACAAACGCUUCUCGAUGUGUAUUUGUAAAUUUCAAACAACCCUCGAUAAUCAAGAUCGAAAUGUGUCCGUGCAAACCAGAGCCAGUUCAAUUCGAUCGACGUAUGGCAAUUCGUCGACACGAUUUCGAAAUAAUGUCUUCAAUCCGCACACGACUCACUUUAAUCAUUCGAAUUUCCAUCAACUGCCUUCGUCGCAUCACGGCACAUCCUUGUUCCGAAGUGGGAGUGUUAAAAAUGCCAAUAAGACCACAAAACUCGGCUAUAACGUGAUAACAUUUAACGACACGAGAAAACUCCACCGCAGUGGAAGUCUAAACAGUUUCAAGACUCCUAAUGGAGGUGGCUGUGGUAGCAUUGGCAUUGGCGGUCCUGGUGGUGUCCAACAACAACCACCGCCAUCAGUUUAUCAGUGGCGGAGGAAUGAUUUUAAGCCUUUGCAUCCGAACGUUAUCGAGGACACCGACGACGAAGCUAUUUUAUGUCCUUCAAUUGAGGCAGCAAUAACGACGACGAUGACAAGUCCAAAGGAUCUGAUAACCACCUCACCUAACUCACAAUCUACAACCAUCACUAACAGUGUUCAUCACAUCAACGACGACCAAACUGAAUCGUGUAUUUGUGCCGACGAAUUGGGUAGCCCAACUGAAUGUGAUGGUUCGUGCAUCCUUAAUGAGGUGUCACGCGUUAAGUGCGGUAAUGAGAAAUAUGCUAGGACUGUUUAUUUCGAUGAUACUAGCACCGGAACCAAUAAUAACAAUCACCAGCAUCAUCAAGAGGACAUGAAAAAUGCUUGUUUGGAAAUGAGCGAAUAUUCGCUAAUCAAAAAUCCAAAUAAAAUAUCUAAAACUGUGAUUUUUUAAAAUAUAUAAAUUUUUUAAAUAAAUUUUGUGAUGUAAGAAAAAAAAAAAUUGUAAAUAAAAAAAAACAGAAAUAACAA